AUGAAUGAGUUUCUGCCGGAUUCAUGCCUAUUGGGUGUGAUGCUGGCGGUUUCCUCACACUCAGGCCCCCAGGUUAUAUACCAUUACCCACCAUCGAAUAGGAUACUCGAAACUGCAAGAGAUGCACACAUGAACCAGCAAUUGGGCACUACCGGUCUUAAGAGAGAGACGGAAGGCAGGAGCAUGAAGAGCAGAGGCCACCCGGGCAAUUGGGACAUGAACUCCGAGCUAGACUCAGACUUGCACUCAAGCAAGAUGGAGCGUACCGCUUCAUCUUCUUCCUCGUCAUCGCUAUCUUCUCCUUCUUCCGGUUUGAGUGACAGCGAGCUGUCUACUGAUUACGCCGAUUGGUCUACCUCCGGGAGCUCAUCAGACUCAGAAUUGGAUUUACAGACCCCUGAUGAUAGCCGAAGAUCACAGCUAGAGAAUGCAGGUGCCAGGUCAACCAGGAACGUAAGUCCCGUGUCAAUGUCGAGAAAUACAUCCCUGGGAAGAGAACCUAAAGAUAAUGGGCAAAAAAUAAGCGCAAGCAAACUUCUAGACAUCCUAAAUGAUCCAAAAUCACAAUUUACAAAGAUAAACACGAAUGAUACCAACGAUGACCAGUUCAAUAUGGAGGAAGACGAUGAUCUCAUAGAAUUCGAUUACAUGACAUCAGAGAAAAGGGUAGACAUCACAGAAGAAUUCUUCACUGAAGCUAAUUAUCAAGAUACUUCAAAGUUUUUUGAGUUUGAUAUAGAUUUCCUGGCUGAACUUUGCUGUCCUAGCAGAGAAAUGUGUAAUACUAGAUUUGAAUUAACAGUCGACGAAUACUGUUUCCUUGGCCAUCCAAUUCAUGUCGAUUCUAGCGGAAACUGGAGAAAAUCAAGAAAAAGAAAUAACUCCUUAAGUAAAUCAAAAAGAUCGGGAAGCUUAACCGGUAGUAGGAAACGCUCUGGAUCGAAGUCCUCUAAUCAUGAUAAGAGUUUCAGUGCCGAGACUCCAAAUAGUCCCGAGAGCUCAAAAAUUAUCGAAGAAGUUGGCUCUCUACACAAGAGCAGAACACUAUCUAAUCCUCAAAAUGAUCAUUUUACAAAAGAUAUGACGAUGUUUCAUGUUUGCUUUAUUAUGGAUCCAAAUCUUAUCGAAUACAAUAAGAGAGUAGAUGACAUGUAUCAAUAUGUGGUAGCUAGAUUAUCUGUCCUAUUAAGAUAUCUACAGUCGAAAAAUGAUUAUGUAUCAGAACAAUGUGAACUAAUACUAAAAGAAAAGGAGAAAGUUUUUAAAAACUCGAAACACUACAAAAGCCUAUCAUUACCUUCAGAGAAGGGGAGAUAUUUAUACCAGAGGUUAUUAGCAAAAUCAUCCUUAGCAAGGGCUCUUACUGAAUGUGUCGAAAAGAUAAAGAAAAAUGAAAUUGCCUGCUUAGAAAUAACUGAUCAUAGAACUGUGUCUUUACAAAUCCCAAUACAAAAUGAAUUUAGCAUACUCCCUCAAUAUAAAUUAUAUCCUGUUUUGAAAGGCUCUUUUUUAACUUCAAUCCAGAAUAAUAAGUUUUUAGAAAAAUCUGCAAAUAUCGAUGAUAAUCAUCAUGCAAAGAGUGCUCGUGAUACUAACUUAAUUUCCGACCAUGUAAACACAUUCUCUAAUGGACAAACAAAAAAUGAGAUUUUUUACAGUAAGAACAUGGAAAAUGCAUUAACGGCACAAAAUGAUUAUGAUGACGAUGACUUACUAUUAUACUCAAUUUUGUUGUUAGAUGAUCCUGAUAAAAUUAUUGCUGACCUAGAUAACUACUCUUCCAAUGAUGACAUUGGAGGGGUUAUUCUAAAACAGUUAGUGAAAGUCAUUCAACCUAAUGUUCCAUUAUUAUCAUAUCAGUAUAUUAUAAACGAAUUACUAGCUGAAAAACCGCUCUCUUCUUCCACCACAGCUAAUAAAAGCAAACAAAACAAAGAUAAUAAAACUAAUACCUUUUAUUCUGCAUUAUUAAGGUCUUGUGCUUUACAUUUGAUUUACUGGAGACAUGCGCGUGCAAUAUUACCUAUAAGCUUUAAAAACACUUAUAUUGUGUCGCCUCUCUCACCUGUAGAGGCAGAUAACUCUGAGAUGAUAAAAGGUAAUCGAAAGCCAAGUAUUACAGAUCUCAACGUAACCUCAAAUUCCUCAUCCAAGAUACCCGUUAUUUAUCUGAACCAACAGUCAUUCAAAUUGAAGUUUCCUUCAUUACCUUCAUUGCCAACCUUCUUGAACAUUCUUUCUUUAGGGAAACCAAAGGCCUUUGGAAAUAUCAUUCCUUCCAAAGAACAUAAACCUAUUUACAUGGCGGCUCUUAUAUGGCUGAUCCAAAAGGGAUAUCUAACACAACUGCUCACAUUUGUUUAUAUUAGGGUAGAUAAAAAGAUUAAAAUGAAGGUUGACGAGGAUUUGGAAAAGGAAGGAUUUAGAACGAAUAGAAGAAGAAGACAAGAAGACAAUGUCGACAACAAAUUGUUGUCAACUGAUGAAAAUGCAAAUGAACCUCCAAAGAGUACCAAAGUUGACAUAAAUGACAAUACACUCGAAGGAAGAGAUACCGAAUAUGACAGUGAUUCGUUUGAUUACGAUGACCCUGAAUUCAAUCACGAUUAUACUAUUAUUCUAGAACCUGAAAGAGCUACCGCACUUGAAAAGAGAUGGAUUUACAAGUGUAUACAGGAUCAACCUCAGGAUAUUAAGAUAUUAUUUAAUAAAGUAAUGAAAUACAUGAACGGCAGGACCGCCAUGGAAACAGUAAUGCUUAAGGAACAUAUUUCUCGCCAUGACAUUAAGAGACUUCUGACUUCGCUAGGUAAUUAUAUAGUUGAACUUAACCACUGGUAG